CGCCCGGAUACGAGCCCCGUGCUCAGGACGUGGCUGCCAGUGCCCGCCUCCGCAGCCUGUGUCUCGCCGGCCCCGGACCGCCGCCGCGCGCCCUCGCCCCCGGCCCCUCGGCCUCGCCCCGCGGAGGUCCGGCCAGCGCACCGAACCGGCGCCCUGCAGGCCAUGGAGCGGGCACGCCCCGCGCUCUGGGCCGCGGCACUGAUGGCGCUGUCGCUGCUGAGCGGUCCCCGGGCGACGCGAGCCGGCGUGGGCGCGGCGGGCACGGGCCCCGUGGUGCGCUGCGAGCCGUGCGACGCGCGCGCGUUGGAGCAGUGCGCGCCGCCGCCCCCCGCGCCCGCGUGCGCCGAGCUGGUGCGCGAACCGGGUUGCGGCUGCUGCUUGACGUGCGCGCUGCGCGAGGGCGAGCCGUGUGGCGUCUACACCGAGCGCUGCGGCGCCGGUCUCCGCUGCCAGCCGCCGCCCGGGGAGCCGCGCCCGCUGCAGGCACUGCUGGACGGCCGCGGGCUUUGCACCAACGCCAGCGCUGCCGGCCGCCUGCGCGCCUACCUGCUGCACGGAGCGGCCGCGUCAGGUAAUGCCAGUGAGUCGGAGGAGGAUCAGGCUGCAGGGAGCUUGGAGAAUCAGUCCCUCCUGAAUACCCACCGGGUGCCAGACGCCAAAUUCCAUCCCCUGCACACCAAGGUGGACGUCAUCAAGAAAGGGCAUGCCAAGGACAGCCAGCGCUACAAGGUGGACUACGAAUCUCAGAGCACCGACACCCAGAACUUCUCCUCUGAGUCCAAACGGGAGAUGGAAUAUGGCCCUUGCCGCAGAGAAAUGGAAGAUACCUUGAACCACCUGAAGUUCCUCAACGUUCUGAGCCCCAGAGGCAUUCACAUCCCAAACUGCGACAAGAAGGGGUUCUAUAAGAAAAAGCAGUGCCGCCCCUCCAAAGGCAGAAAGCGGGGCUUCUGCUGGUGUGUGGAUAAGUACGGGCAGCCUCUGCCUGGCUACGAUGCCAAGGGGAAAGGUGACGUCCACUGCUAUACCCUGGAGAGCAAGUAGACACCUGGGGCGGCCGCCCGGAGUCUGCCUGGCGACUUAAUGUGGAACUCAAAUACGCCUUAUUUUGCACAAAAGACUGCCAAGAACAUGAUCUGCAGCUGGCUACAGCCUCAAUUUAUAUUUCUUUCUGUGGUGAAUUGAUUUUUUUUGUUUUCCAAACCAAAGUUUAGAAAGAGAUUUUUGAAAUGUCUAUGGUUCUUUCAAACGGUAAACUUAAGCAUCUUUCCACUUGCCAGUAGUAAACGAAAAGCAGUUUGGUUUUUCCUGUUGCUUCAAUGUAAAAAUAUGUGCAGACUUCAACUCAAGGGCCGGUAGACUUCAUGACUUCAUACCCUUCCAGAUUCCCCACUGCACAGCCACGGAAGCAGCUGACCCUCUGCCUGAUUUAUCCCUUAGUAGCUGGUGCUUGCUGAUACGGAAGGGACACUUCCAUCUCCACUCGCUGUGAAUCGAGCACAGACCUCACCAAGAAUAGUAAAUCACAUCAUUGCUCAUUGUCUGGUCAGCUGGACGUGCUCUCCUGUGAUUUGGUGAUAUCAUCUUUGAAGCAAGGGUCCUUCAACCAAGAAAAUAUUUCAUAGCUUCAAGUGACAUGACCUUCGUGGGAAAAAUCAGGAUAUGGUGGAGUCUUGCUUGAUAAAACAAAUAUAUAUAUAUAUUAAAAUGACCCAGAAUGUUUUAGGGAGCUCCGGAAACCCACAAAAGCAGGUAUUUCUGACCCUCCUUGUCAGACAGCUUCCCACAGACUUGACACAGACGAGGGGCUCGGCAAGGGACAGCCUUCCAUCUUCAGAGGCUUUGCAAAUAACGGGAUUCUUCCCAGCUCUGCAGAGGAGAAACUGGAUGGAUUCCAGUUCAACAACUCAAGACAGUUUAAGUUGGAGGAUAAGCUCUUUAAAGGCAAAGGAGGUUUAUUUGCAUCUGCCAUCUUUUGUCAUUGGUACCAUAUAAACAGGAAAGACUUAGGGCUUGUCGGGGAGCUUUGUCAGGGACACAUAGAGAAUUGUUUGUGUUUGUCGAUUUUGGAAUAGUUCCCCUACUUUCCUUUACAGUCCACACAUAUAUGCAGAGAAGAUGCGUUUUUUAAAAUUUUUUGACAUUUUAUAUAAUAUAGUCCAACUAUAAUAGGGAUUUAUACUAGAUAAGCCUAGAUGAAAUGUUAGAGAUGCUAGAUGAUGAAAAUACGGCCACAGUGGAGGACGAGGGUCUGUGCACAGAGGAAAUGCCACACUUGGAGGCCAAUGUCUUCUGUGUAGCAGUAAUGUUGGUUCCAACAAAAUGAAGUCUUGUUCAGUGAGGAAUGAGGAGAUGUGGCCUCCACAUGGCCCCAAUCCCCACGGGUGGGCUCCCCCUGCACAGAGAUCUCCUUGGGAAAGCAAAGGACUCUCAAGACAUUCUGCCUACCUAUUGCCUUUUAUUUUUUUAAUUACAUUUUUGAAGAAAAAAGGUAUUUUUGAAAAGUUUAAGUCUUGCAAUGUAUUUAUAAAUAGUAAAUAAACUUUUUACCAUAAAAAAAAAAUCUCU